GAGCUCCCGGUGGACUGUCUGUUCAUUUUCUGUUGACCAUCAGUGUUCUUUAUUUAAUUAUUUAUUUAAAAUAACCAACCAUACAUCAGCUAAAAUAAUCUGUUUUGGGAUUUUCUGGAUAUUAGUUUCCCUUUCUUUUACAAGGGGAAAAUGGUGUGGGACAAAUUUUUAUUCAUACAUGGUAUAGGACUAACACUGUUUUUGCCAGUGCCUAAACAGACUCUAUUGAAUGUUGCUUGGGAUUUGAUACAAGGGUUGAUGCAUAUUUGGAAGCAGAGGGACCAGGGAAUGUGUCUCAAGCAAUACGACAGGCUGUUUCAAAAACAUGGUCCCAAUUUCACACAUUGAGUGAUUUCCAAUUGGGUCCAUCUUUUCAAAACAUCCUGUACUUGGGGAGAGUUGUGGAAACAAAUUUGAGAUGGGUCCUAUGUUACCUCUGUUCCUGUUCCUCGCACCAGAGUACCGUGGUGGGAUUCCCCCUGUGAAGGUGGUUGUUUUGAAGUGAAUACAAUGUUUGUUGGAAGGAAUUGUGGGAAUUCAAAUAUAUGGUUAUUAAACCUUUGCACUAACGUUUGCGUUAAAAAAUGGAGGAAACUUUUGCGCUCAAUGUAGCUACUGAAAAGAAGAAUAGGUUUUGGAGAACUUGGCAAGGUCACGUUUUAAGCAGUUGGACAAGAUAUGUCUUAGGAAAUCUAAAUUUGAAAGUUCAACAAGUGUGAAAGAUGACUUAGCAAAAUCUAUUAGCUUUAGGUAUGUCAUUUUUGCGGGGAAGUUAUUUUGGGUUCUGCUUCAUGCAGAAUCAUGUUUAGAUUUCUUAAAGAGAAGCAUGACAUUAAAGUGUUCGGUGGUGGGUUUGCCGUAUAAUUUACCGCAUGGGGGAGAUAUACCAAGCCAAAUGCUGCUUACCUACUUAGGAAAGGAAAAAAGACAGGGAAAAAAUAAGACAGGGAAAAAAAAAAAAAAGACAGGGAAAAAAAAAAAGACAGGGAAAAAAAAAGGCAGGGAAAAAAAAAGGCAGGGAAAAAAAAAGGCAGGAAGAAAAAAGUCAGGAAGAAAAAAGGCAGGAAGAAAAAAGGCAGGGAAAAAAAAGGAAAAAAAAAGGCAGGAAAAAAAAAAGGCAGGGAAAAAAAAGACAGGGACAAAAAGACAGGGGACAAAAAGACAGGGGACAAAAAGACAGGGGACAAAAAAGACAGGAAAAAAGAGACACAAAAAAAAAGACGGGGAAAAAAAAGACAGGGGAAAAAAAAGACAGGGAAAAAAAAGGAAAAAAGAAGACGGAAAAAAAAGAGACAGGAAAAACAGAGACAGGAAAAACAGAGACAGGAAAAACAGAGACGGGAAAAAAAAGGAAAAAAAAAGACAGGGAAAAAAAAGGCAGGGAAAAAAAAGGCAGGGAAAAAAAAGGCAGGGAAAAAAAAAGGCAGGGAAAAAAAAAGGCAGGGGACAAAAAGACAGGGGACAAAAAGACAGGGGACAAAAAGACAGGGGACAAAAAGACAGGAAAAAAAUGAGAGAAAAAAAAGACAGGGAAAAAAAAAGACAGGAAAAAAGAGACACAAAAAAAAAGACGGGGAAAAAAAAGACAGGGGAAAAAAAAGACGGAAAAAAAAGAGACAGGGAAAACAGAGACAGGGAAAACAGAGACAGGGAAAACAGAGACAGGGAAAACAGAGACAGGGAAAAAAAAGACAGGGGAAAAAAAGACAGGGGAAAAAAAGACAGGGGAAAAAAAGACAGGGGAAAAAAGACAGGGGAAAAAAAGACAGGGGAAAAAAAGACAGGGGAAAAAAAGACAGGGGAAAAAAAGACAGGGGAAAAAAAGACAGGGGAAAAAUGACAGGGGAAAAAUGACAGGGAAAAAAAUGACAGAAAAAAAAAGAGACAGGGAAAAAAAAGAGACAGGGAAAAAAAAGAGACAGGGAAAAAAAAGAGACAGGGAAAAAAAAGAGACAGGGAAAAAAA